AUGCCUACUUUUAUUUGUUAUGAUCAAGAACGUUGUGAUUUUCAUCCAACAAUCUAUAUAUAUGAUUUAACCUGUCAAUCGAGUUCAGAAAUGGGUUUUAGUUCGAAUAUUAUAUAUCGAGAAUGGUAUUCAUUUGUAUUGGCACUUAAAAAACGAUUUCAUUCUUGUACAAGACCAAUCUAUUCAAUAGAUAAUCAAACACAUAAAACACUUUAUCAAUGCACAAAUUCAAAAAAAUUCAUUUCUAAACAUCGUCUUAUUGAUGGAAUUUCAGAUUGUAUUGAAAAUGAUGAUGAAUUAUAUAAUGUAAGUUGUGCCCUCAAUCAUACUUAUCGUCGCUUAUGUCCCAAUGAAAAUAAAUGUUUAUCUCCAAUAUUAUCACACUCUAUCUGUUCUAUGUAUACAACAAAUGAAAAUCGUAUUUUAUCAAUACCAUUUCAAAUGAUAUGUAAUAAUAUUCCUCAAAUGAUUCCUUUACUUAUUGAUGGAAGAAUUGAAUCAGAUGAGACUGAUUGUGGUGAACAAUGGCCUUGUUCAAAUAUGUAUACACGUUGUAAUCAUUCAUGGGCAUGUGAAAAUAGAAGUGAUGAAACAGGAUGUUUUCAUUCAACAUGUUCUUCUUUUGAACAUGAUUGUGUUUCACCAAUUAAUUUAACAAUGAUAUGUUUAUCAAUGAAUCGAACUAACGAUGGAAUUAUUGAUUGUUUAGGUGCUACUGAUGAAAUGAAUAUUUGUCGAAAUAAACAUCCAAAUCAAUUACAAGGAUUUCAUUGUGCAAAUAGUGAUCAAUGUGUUUCAUUUUUAUCAAUGUGCAAUGGACAGAAUAAUUGCGUAGAAGAGAAUGAUGACGAAGUGUUCUGUAAAGGAUAUAGAGAGGGACCGAGUUGUUUUCAAUAUAGCACAUAUAAUAUCACUAGAGAAGAACAAUUCUUAUGUAAUAUAAAUAGAAGUUUCAAUCCAAUUGUUCAUUAUUUCAAAUUGACAUCAUUAUCAUCAUCAUCUUCUACUACAAAUAUUCAAAACAAACAAGAUGUUAUUUAUCCAAUAUUAAAUAGACCAGAAGAACCAUUGUGGGCUUUAAAAUGCAAUUGUGGACUUCAUCUACGUCAAUCAAUUGGUGAUAAUCAAUUUGUUCGAAUUUGUCUUUGUCCACCCUCUUACUAUGGUAAUGAAUGUCAAUAUCAAAAUCAACGUGUUAGUCUUACAUUAAGUGUUUUAACAGAAGAUUUGAAUACAAAUUAUAUUUUACUUGUUAUGUUGAUUAAUAAUGACAAAGAUAAACAAGAAAUUCAUUCGUAUGAAGAAAUAAUUCAUAAAUCUCAAUAA